AUGUCCUACCCUAACUCACCAGUUGCAGACGACGCCAGUAGCUCGAGUGACCCAGCCAUAAGACGCAGGGAGCAGGUCCGGCGGGCGCAGCAAACCUACCGCCAGCGAAAAGAAGACUACAUCAAAUCCCUCGAGAAUGAAGUUCUGCACCUGCGCACCGCUCGAUCCGAUCUAACCGCCGAGACGAAGAAGCUUACUGCUGAGGUCCAAUGGCUGCGGCAGGUCAUCGAGCGGAAUGUGAUAUCUCUUCCGCCGACGCCGGUGUUUGACGUCCACGUUUCUUCUCGCCGAGACGACCUCGAUUCCCCGCCGGAACCGGAGCUAGAGCCAGGACCAACAGCCACAGUCUGCGUUCAUCAAGAUGUUCAUUACAACAAGCGCUUCGUUGUUCUUGAUGACGCCUUAAACGGAAACAGGAAUGGCAGUGGCAGUGGCAGUCUGAGUCAGAGCCAGAGUCCUGGUUCGGUUCAGCAUGGCCCGGGGUGGCAGGACGGGCAGUGUGAUGUCGUGACGGGCAUGAACUUCAUCCUCAGGACCGUGCCUAGACCACGUCCGCUCGGCCCUGGGCACCAGCACCGUCCGCGCCGAAUGCGAAAGCGAAUGCGGGCACCCGGACGGCCACGCCCUAACCCUAACCGCGUCAGUCUGCCGCCUCUACGGCGAAUCCUCGUCGCUGUCGCCGUCGCCGUCGCCGUCUGGAAAUGGCGAAGACGAACUCCUCAAUGUAUCGAAGAAGACGCUCAACAGGCUCCUCGAGCUAUCCUCGCAUCUUACCACUGCCGACGAACUGACCGCAACCCAGGUGUGGGCAUAUCUAUGCCAGAGUCCGGCGGUCGUAGGAGCCGGGACGGGCGUGAUUAUGGAUCUUGCGCAGAGGUUGGUGGGGGAUGUUAA